AUGGCCCCCACAGUCACUUUCCUGCUCUCCAUUGGGCUGGGUCUGAACUGGGUGAUGAGGGCACAGAUGGCCACUCUGCCCAGGCCCACCCUCUGGGCUCUACCAAGUCCCGUGGUCCCCAAGGGAGCAGAUGUGACCCUCAGGUGCCAGGGCCACCUGGGGAGUGACAGGUUCCAGCUGUGGAAGGAUGGAGAGCUCAGAGAAGAGAGACAUGCAUCCUGGCAGCUGGCAGAGUUUGUGCUCAGGAAGGUGGAUGAUGUGAGGGAUGCGAGAAGCUACAGCUGCCGCUCCGGGCAAGGGCCCUGGUGGUCAGAGCUCAGUGAACCCUUGGUCCUGGUGGUGACAGAACUACUCCCCAAGCCGACUGUGUGGGUCCAUCCUGGCCUUGUGGUGGCCCCAGGGGGCAACCUCACCCUCUGGUGCUCAAGGCCAAAGCUCUCUGCCAUUGAAGAGGUGACUUUCUCUCUGUGGAAGGCUGGGACCCAGGAGCCCUUACAGCAGAAGAGAUCAGCAGAGUCCUGGACUAGCUUCCUUCUCCCUUCUGUGAGACCUGAGAGCGCUGGGAGCUACAGCUGCACUUACAGGGACGGGAGAGCCUCUGCUACAAGAUCAGAGUCCAGUGAUGCCUUGGAGCUGGUGGUGACAGAUGUACUUCCCAAGCCUUCCCUCUCAGCCUGGCCUCGCCUAGAGAUAGCUUCAGGAGCCAACAUGAUGCUGCUGUGCUGGGGACCCUUGUGGGCUACUAGAUUUGUUUUGUGGAAAGAGGGAGAUGAGACAAUCCUUCAGACCGUGGAUACCACUCAAGAAGGGGCCCAAUUCUCCUUGUCUCAUGUGACUGCUGAGCAUUCUGGCUCUUACCGCUGCAGCUACCAGCUUGACACCAAUGGAAGUGUCUGGACACAACACAGUGAGCCCCUGGAGCUUAUAGUGAGAGGUGAGAAGAAGAAGCCCAUGUGA